CCGACUGCUGCGAGUUUGCGCAUGCGCCGAAUGGCGAAUCAGUGACUAUUUCUUUGAGUUAGAUAUUUUAUAAAUAAGAAAUUUUAUCGUUAGUCGGUAAUAUAUUUAUAUAAACGUGUAAUUUGUUACAUUGUUUAGUUUGAACAUUUUACCAAUGAAAUUCAUUUAUUAAAAUUUUAGAAGUGUUAAAAGUGUAACAUUGGUGGCCAUUACAAAACCUAAACUUUUUAUCAGAACAAAUGUCCAUUUGAUGUUUCGGCGACGUUGUGACUAAUCUCAUGGGAAGCUACCUAAAAAUCGUGUUGAAUUUUUUUUAAACGCCACGUUUAGUUCCGUAUGAGUGUAGUGAGCAUCGAUAAAGAGGAUUUAUCACCUCCUGAGACGUAUAACGAUUGUCCCACGCGUUGAUUGAUAUUGACUGUCAAGUGUCGCCGAAACAUUCUAAAACUCACGUCGAAAUUACAUGUUGCAGUGUAACAAAAAUGAUUUUAAGAUAAAUUUAACAAUAGUGCAGUGAUAACAUUAUUGAAACAUACGUAAAAAAAUAGCAAUAAUAGAAAAAAGUGUGUGUACUGUGUUGUGGCAAUGCAUCGCGGGUUGCGCGCGUGUCGGCAGUGGUGACAUGGGCUGCGUCGCGGGCCCGACAGGCGCUGGGCUCUGGGAGUGAACGGGCGUGCGGGCUAGCACCUGCACAACACACCUGGUAUUAUGAACAAGCGUGAGAGCAACAAGGACAAAGAACGUCAGAGCGAGGAUAAAAGAACUUCCACCGCGACCGGCGCGGUGGGCGGGCGCGGCGUGGGCGGCAGCAGCGCGAUGCACACGUCCAGGCAUUCGGUCACCUCGUCUUCGGGCGUCCUUAUGGUCGGCCCCAACUUCAGGGUCGGCAAGAAGAUCGGUUGCGGCAACUUUGGUGAACUCAGACUGGGGAAAAAUCUCUACAACAAUGAACAUGUAGCGAUUAAGAUGGAGCCGAUGAAGUCAAAGGCUCCGCAACUGCAUCUAGAAUACCGAUUUUACAAGUUACUAGGAACGCAUGCGCCGUCGACAGCGGAGGGAAUACCCGAAGUGUACUAUUUCGGCCCGUGCGGUAAAUACAAUGCACUGGUGAUGGAGUUACUAGGACCAUCGUUGGAGGAUUUAUUCGAUCUGUGCGGACGUCGGUUCUCUCUAAAGACUGUGUUAAUGAUCGCUAUGCAGUUGUUACACCGCAUCGAGUAUGUACACACGAGACAUCUCAUAUACCGAGAUGUGAAACCAGAGAAUUUUUUAAUAGGUAGAACUGCAACUAAAAGGGAAAAAAUCAUCCACAUCAUUGAUUUUGGUUUGGCCAAAGAAUAUAUAGACUUAGAGACAAACAAACAUAUCCCAUAUCGGGAGCACAAGUCACUCACGGGGACUGCGAGAUACAUGUCAAUAAACACACAUUUAGGAAAAGAACAAUCAAGACGCGAUGACCUAGAGGCUCUCGGUCACAUGUUUAUGUAUUUUUUACGUGGUUCCUUACCCUGGCAGGGUUUAAAAGCUGACACUCUCAAAGAAAGAUACCAAAAAAUUGGUGACACCAAGCGAGCGACGCCGAUUGAGGUGCUGUGCGAGGGCCACCCCGAGGAGCUGGCGACGUACCUGCGCUACGUGCGGCGGCUGGACUUCUUCGAGACGCCCGACUACGACCAGCUGCGGCGCAUGUUCCGCGACCUGUUCGACCGGCGCGGGUACCUCGACGACGGCGAGUUCGACUGGACCGGCAAGACUAUGUCUACACCAGUGGGAUCCAUACAGACUGGCCACGAAAUCGUCGUAUCUCCAAAUCGCGACAGCCAUCAGCCGUUCCAUAAGGAUGAUUUGUGUGAUUUUAUGAUUGGUUUGGUUGAGGACGAUGAGGAGGCGCUUAUAUCUGGAGAGAUGGCGGCGCUGGCGGCGAAGGAGUUCGGCGCGGGCGGCGCGGCCAACGCGGCCAACUGGCCCCACAGCGGCAAGGCCACGCCACUCACCGCCGGACACCUCACGCCCGCCGACAGGCACGGAUCUGUACAGGUGGUGAGUUCGACGAACGGCGAGCUAGGCGCGGAUGACCCUACGGCGGGCCACAGCAACACGCCGAUCACGCAGCCCCAUCACGAGGUCGACGUGGUGGACGACACCAAGUCAGUGUUCCAACUGCAAUCCGUUUAUUCCAGGUGCUGUUGUUUCUUCAAGCGUAAAAAGAAGAAGUGCGCCGCCCGCGCGGGCAAGUGACGCGUGUGCGGCUCGUGACCCGCCCCCGCGCCCGCGCCCGCGCCCGCGCCCGCGCCCGCGCCCGCGCCCGCGCCCGCGCCCGCCCGCACCCGCACCGCGCCCGCCCCGCGCGCGCUCGCACCACGCACGCCCGCACGCCGCCGCACCGCGCUCACGCACACCCUCCGCCGCGCCUACAUUACUCGAUACCUGCGCCACGUCUCCAAUGUCCAGUAGGGUCUCGUCACGGCACGUACUGAGCUUCCGUCGAUACGUGUAUAGUCUUUGUCGAAAGAAAAUUUUAUCGAUUGUUUUAGUUGCGAGAGUUAAGUGUUUUACGUGAGCUGUUUUUAGAGAUAAGUGCAAUGUAACGUUAGCGGAAGCCACAGUUCGUGACGUAAAGACCGUAUUUGGCAUUGUGAUAAAUGUUUGUUGACUGAAUAUAUCGCAUUCGAUAAACAAAAUUCUAUUUAGAAACCAACAAUAGUUUAUUAGUCGGUUUCGAUUUGCCAACCGAUUAUUCGUUUUAAUUGAUAUUCUGAAUGCGAAGAUUCGAUAUGUCGACCUGGUAUCGAUUAAUGUAAAUAAAACUAUCGAAACGCGUUUUCCAGUUGCUCUAAAAGUAUCAAUAAUUAACAUAGCUAUGAUGUUUCUUACAUCACUGAAUAGGCAAAUAUUGAUCGUAGCUGUCAUUGUUUGUAAAUAAAGUUAAUUUGUUAUAAAUUAAACUGAUAACAUAGUGAUUUUAUUUCGGAUGCGGGGCGACUAUUAUAUUAAAUUUAUGAGCAACUGGGAACUAACUAAACACGAUUCCGACCACAUGUAUAAGCAACGUCCCCCCGCAGUAUUAUCAUUUUAUAAUCAUUAAGAACUUUAAAACCUGUUUUGUCAUCGUUUCGUCUAACGUUAUUUCUCGACAUCAAUGUAUCGGUAAAUAUCGAUGUUUUUGUGAAAAGGUCGCUUUUAUAUGCGACUUUUGUUAUCUACAUGCAAUUGAUUAUUAAAUUGGAAAUUGUUACAAUUCGAUUAUCGUUUCAAGUAAUUAUUGCAACUAAUUAAAAUUUUCAUAGAUUAGUUUCUUCACGGUAUGUUUUCUUAGAGGAAAAUAUUGUUGAAAACAUCCACCAGUGAUACUCAUUCUUGAAAAUUUCAUCAAUUAUAUUAUGCAUUUCGAGCGCGACAAGUCUUGUGAUAUGAAGGCAGGUUCCGAUGUUUGUUGUCUUUACUAUUUGUGUUUAAAAAAUAUAGUACGUGACAACAGUAUUGUGAAUGCUAUACGCGUCAAUACACCGAAUAAGAAUAUUGAAAUAUGAAAAUACAGAUUUUUAUCAAUAGAUACAUGCAGGCGUAGCGGUGCAUUUCUUGUUUCUUUUAAGAUGUAAAUUCGGUCGGUGCGCCGGUGGAAUUUGAACUUUAUUAUCAUCACUCUGAUACUUAAUCUAGGGUACAGGACAUUUUAGAUUAGAUUUCAUGACAUUUAUUAAUAAAGUUAUUGUUAAACCUGGGCGUAAAUCAAUAGUGAAAAAAAUAUAGUUAAAAAAAUAUCGUUAUAUAGGCAGUGUGCGGUUCGCGUAAUUAACAUUUUUGUGUUCCCGUCCGUAGUGAAUUACGUUUCAUUUCACCGAAGCUCUUGUAAAUUCGAUAUUCAUUAACCCGUUAAUUUGCAUCGUCCACACGCGUCAGUGGUGUCCAUUCCAACGUGGAUCGACAAAUCGAUAACGAUUUGUAACAUUAAAAAAACCAUUAACAUUAUUUCAUAAACAGCUGUAGUUUAAAUGCUUAUCAAAUAGCCGUGUAUCGCUUAUCCUAUUAGUGAAAAAUGGUUAAACAGUUAUUUUUUUAUACUUUGUGAAUUCUAUAUAAUUUUCUGUGAAUGCAUUGAAGUUUUUUGUUAAGUAUUGAACUACCAAUAACGUAGAAUAUCGCCACGUUUAAUGUAAGUUUUGUGUGUGGGAGUGUAUAGUUCGUCCCGGAGGGCUGGGUAUUGCGGACUCGUUGGGACUUGUUUCCCGGUUGUGAUAUUUGUCUGGGUUUUAUCGGACACGAGCGGUAACAUUGCGCAGUGUCACCGCCGCGUGGUUAUCGACAAUAACAUCGAGUGUGCCACCGAGUAUGAUUAUUGUUACCUCAAUAAAAAUGUUUUGUUGAACAUUUUAAACCGACGGCUUUAUUGAUUGUUAGCUGAAAUAUACAUUAUAUGGAAACUAAAACAGUGACAUGAAUGUAUUUGGUAAAUGUAUGAACAGCAGGUCCCACUAGUGAAGCCGCGAUAUCCAGCGCGCCUUAUGUAUGCAUAUUAUAGGUUUUAACUUUAUUUAGUCAUUCUCUAUAACUAAGUCCGAUUAGUGCGCGAAAUGGUAUUAUUUAAGAAUUGGCUCCGUUCCUAUGGUGAUGCCACAUACUUUCCUACUUUUAUUUAUAUCUAUUGUUAGUUAAAACGAAUGUGGUAACUACUGGCAAUUUAGCAAUAAGAAUCAGGAAAUUGUGUCGAUAAAGUGUUGAUUUCAAUAGUUAUUGUGACGUACAUUGGUGUUUCAUAUGAACGUGAGGGAACCGCUAAUUGUUGUUGAAAGAUAAAUGUGUUGCAAUAAUAUGUUAUGUAUAAAUCCAUUACAGUAAUGUAAAUUUGUAUUGUCAUUCGAUGUAUCUCGUCGAGUCCCGAGUGAACAGGCUUAAAUAAUCCUACAAGACUGAAUGAAACAUUUCACCCUGUGUACAAAACACGUGACUUCGGGCUCAUGUCAAUUUGUUAUUGCAAUUCGUUUCCGUUUGAUGUUAGACUUACGAGAGAUGUCGUGUGUAAUGGUGAAGCGAGGCGGCCGCCUGCAGUCGCGGUUGUCCCUUGUCGACUCAUUCCAAAGUAUUACGGCUGUUUUCGUUCACAUAACUGAUUAGUGGUUGUAACGAAGACAGCCGCGGCUGUAGCGGUCGCACCACUAUCGACUGUACAACACUAGCGACUAUCGAUAGUUCACGUCCGUCGAGUGGCGGCCACCAGUCGCAUCGCGAAUAGACUGAAUAAACAAGUCAUCGGCACGCGCGUCCCUAGCUGCCGCGACCCGCGCCCGUGCGUACUCGUGGAGGCCCGUGCGUACUUGUGCAGGCCCGUGCGUAUUCGUGCCGGCUCGUGCGUACUCGUACAGGCUCGUGCGUACUCGUGCGUGUUAGUGCGUGCGGGCUCGUGGUUAAAAACUGAUGUCCAGUUAUAUCUCGUCAACAUGGCGGCUGUAGUCAUUGCGUUGAUGGCGUAUAAAUUAUGCACAUCGUUAAAAAAACAUUUGUAUAUUUUUGCUUGGACUGGAAGCGGCAAUGUUUCGACAAUCGUGAUUGGGUAGGCGUAAGAUUUUGUAGGUGUCAUUGCGAUCAGUGUAAUGGUAUUGGAUUGUCUACUUGCUGAUAUGUGACACGAAUUUACAUGAGCUUGUACUAUAAGAGGGGCACGCCAUUGUACUGGUCACAUUGACAUAUUUAUAAGGUAUUUCGGAUUAGUCACGGAUAUGUAGUCAUCACAAAAUUGUAUCCCCUGCAUUAGGAGUUAUCCAUUUUGGCUAAGUAUGUUUGAAAUGUUUUAUAACAAAUAAAAACAUCUUGUUGUGUCGUUUUCAUAUUUUUAGAAAAAGUAUAGAUAAUGCGAAUAUUGUCGAUAUGGGAAAUUUUUAAAUCAAUUCAUUAAUGGUUUUUGAUAAAUUAUUGUGAACAAAUUGAAGUAUUCUUCUCGUUGAAUGGUUCGUUAAUUCAUAAUGUACAAUCAUUGCGGUGUAAUCGAAUGUAAUAAACCUUAAAACCAUGAUUAAAAUACCAUAGAUGUACGUAAUUGUUACUUUCUAUUUGCUAGAUAGAAUAAUGAAAUUAGAUUGGGUAUUUAAAAAUCGAAGUCAAAUUGUGUGAUCUUGUAUUAAACUUGGACUAUUUUAGUUCCGCGAGUGUUGAAUAACUGAUGCGUGACUAAAUUAUUGUGUGAACAGAUAAUGUGGAAUCGAAUGACUUGUCAAGUGAGCAAGACCAGCGAGUGCUGAAGCUCAUAUCGAGUUCAUAUUGUAUAAUAUCUUGUAAAUGGUGGAGCGAGUUAACUGUCAUACAGAUCGUCGUCUGUUCCUGAGAAGCCUAUAUUCAUUACUAAUUAUAAUAUAUAUUAUCAGAUAUUUAUAUGACAGUUUUAUUUGUUUGCAUACUUGGAGUUAAAUUUCUGCUAUGUAAAACAUUACAUGAUUAUUUAUCGUGAAGAUUGCACCAAAGUUAGUAGGAUGGUGUUUGGAGAUGUAAUCGUGCCGUUCGCGGCUCGAGUUAGUACUGUGCGGUCGCAGGUGUAAUCUAUAGUUAAUUUUAAAGUAUCGCUUACUAAAUAAGUCAUGUUCAGUCGGUCGGCUUGUGGACACACGAAGGUUUUUCGACGUAUAGUUAUUAACUUAUGUAUUAUAAUACAUGAUGCUUCUGAACCAGAAUUGAAUUCUUAUUGUAAGUAUAAAAAUAAAUAUUAAUAUUCAUAGCAAGAUUUCUCCGUGUUUAUUUUUUCUGUAAGAUGUAUGGUAAACAUUUUGCAUAUGCAAUCUUGUAUUCAGUUAAGGUCACAACCUUGUUCGAAACUAUAAAACAUUUGUUAUUAAAUCAUAAUUAAUAAAGCUUAUUAUAAGA